UAUUCAGAAGCCCUCAAGAAAGGAACCAAAUCUCUCUCUCCCUCUCCCACAGGCCACACCCCAGCUGCUGGUGCUGCCUGCUCUGCCUCGGCAGCUAUUGGAGCUCGCCCAUCCAGAAGCCCAGAGCACUCUCAGUUCAUUGAUAAGAAUCCUCUCCUGCUUCCCACACACCACAUAGUAUCAAUCUUUGCUGUCAACUCUCGAUCUGCUGUACUUCCGGCAUCGCAAGCCAAAGAUUGCUGCCGAUCCGUCGUUACUUUUCCUCUAGCACCAGCAAAAUUCCAGCUUCGAACGGGCUGCUUGGAGUAGACGCCAGCUAUAUGACAGAUUUGUAGCAUAACUUUGGCUAGAUUAUCUUAGCUCAAGGUAUCUCUGUGGAAUACUUCAGUUUGAGGAGCAAGCAAAGCAGCAGUUGAGUGAUUGCCCAAACCAAUAAGGGAAACCAAUAAUAUCCUGCUACCAGUGCUGAGCUGAACCAAGCAAUGGGCAGAGGCCGAGGCAGAGGAAGGAAGGUGACCAUUGGCAGGAGCCAUGAAGAGAAAGGGAGCAGCGGCGAAGAGGUCGUGCCUGUGAGGAAGAGGAGGGGCAGGCCGCAGAAGCACAAGAUCGAGGUAGUAGAUGUGGAGAAUUUCGUGGAAGAUGUGGACGGCGGCGAAAACGAAGACGCCAAGCUGAAGAAGAACAUCGCUGGAGCUGCGGGUGUGAAGAGAGGCAGGCCACUGAAGGAGAGCCCCAACACUGUCCUAGUAGAAGAGAACAGCAACUCUAGCGUUCGGUCGAGCAGCGAUGAGUCGGCCAGGACCAAUGGGUUCAGGCAGAUCGGGAACCGCAGGAAGAGCACGCCCCGGAGAGCAGCGGAAGCGGGCGUAGAAUGCAAUUGAGCGCCACUGCCAAUCUGCCGUCGAUCGCAUGCAAUUUUCGGUACCAGGUAGCCUUCAAAAUUUGCCAUUCGAACUGGCUUUUAAUUAGCAGUCUCUCGAUGAUGCGAAGUGUAAACAGAGAACGGACGAAGUGCUGAAAUUCUUGUUUAUGUUGAUGCAAAAUGUAUUGUUAUGAACUAAUAGCAGAGCCACCUUCUUCAGCUGUUAUAGGCAGGGCACUAUAUAUUUUGGUCUGCUUGUAGCAGAGUUUUUUAUUUCAGGAACAGCUAGCGAUAUACUACUAGUAUUGCAAUUUCGAUCGUGCGGUGCACCUUGUUGUUUUUGCCUUCUUA